AUGCUGAGGGACCGGUUGGUUUUUGGAAUCUCCGACAGCAUUGUGCAGCAACGCGCUGCUCUGCCACCGCUACAGAUCGAGCUGAAGCAGGACGCCCAGCCCAAGUUUUUAAACUGCCGCAGCAUUCCGUUCGCACCCAAGGAUGACGUCAUCACAGAACUGGAAAAACUGGAACGUGGAGGUGUUCUGCAACCGACGCAGUACUCCGAAUGGGCCACCCCUGUGGUCAUCGUCCGUAUAUGCCAGGUGGCGACAUACCUCGACGACAUCCUUGUGGCCAGCGAAGCAGCAGAUGAGCACUACGAAGUCCUCACGGAGGUUCUCAACCGACUGUCAAAAGCGGGACUGCGUAUACAAGGCGACAAGUGUCAGUUCUUCAAAGAGAGCCUAGAGUACUUUGGACACCGGAUAGAUGCAAAUGGCAUCAACCCGUCAAAGGCUAAAGUCGAGGCGAUUCACAAAGCACCUGCACCAAAGAACAAGAAGGAGCUCCAAGCUUUUCUAGGUAUGGUGAAUUUCUACUACCGCUUCCUAAAGGGUCAGUCUCAAGUUGCAGAAGUGCUCUACCGCCUACUGGACAGCGACCAAGCAGUGGAGUACCCUCCUUUGAGGGCAGCAGACGUCGCAUCAGCCACUAUGCGUGACCCUUGCCUGUCGCGGGUGAAGAAAUGGGUCGCAACUGGCUGGCCAGAACAAGGUGUGCCCCCAGAAUAUGCUGCCUAUCAGAUGGCCUGUCCAAAAGCCCCCGUGAACCAGGGGCAGGAGCUGCUCACGAUAGGGAUGCGGCAGCACGAGUUGGUCGAAUUGCGCUCCAUUUCGACUGGCAUACUUUCUAUAGAGGACGCCUGCCCUCUUGAGGAACGUUACGUUCUGUUUGGCCAGACCUUCUUUCGCGUCUGGCCUUAG